ACGUUGAGCAGGAGGCGAGCUGUGGAAAUGGAUCAGAUUUAAUGGAUAAUGAUAAUGACGGGAUCGAGCCCAAACCUGUGCUUACGAGAUGAGAAAUGGAGCAAAUAAUGAUUCGGUGGAUAUAAUUCAUGCAAUAUGGUGGUGUAAAUUUAGUGUUAGCAAUGUUUUUAGCUUUGUCCAGAAAGCACCUGCUAAGUUGUGCGAAAGGGCACGUACCGCGGAUCAGCGUCGGUCAAGCCGCAAGAUCCACACAUGUCCGAGAAUGGAAAGGGUCACCUCGGAAAUGUCGCCACACCACUGAACUAACACCUGCUGCAACAGAAACCAAACCUCUUCAGAGACUGAAAGCAAAGUUCUCCUCCCCUGGCUGUCGGCCCAAAUGUGUGCUCUUUGUCGAGAAAGUUGUGGAGGCAACAUUUCCCCCAAAUCUGCCAUUUAUUAACAAGCUGACUGCAAGGACAAACCAGACUCCACUGAAUAAACCAAAUGCUAACAUCUCUAACUAUCAGAUUCAGACAUUCAGGGGCAUUUUGAGUGAUGGGAUUAGUUUUGGCCUUCACUCGAAGUUAAAGGGAUACUGUACCGCACCUGGAAAACCUGCGUUUAAAGAAGAUCCGAAAACUCCAAAUCAAGACAACAGUCAAUCUUCCUCCUCUUCCUCCUCCUCAUCAUCUCCAUCUAACGAAGUGCAGUUUAAAGAACUGUAUGAAAAUCCAUGGACAAUCCCCAACUUCCUUUGCAUGGCUAGGAUUGUACUGUCUCAUCUGGGUUAUUUAAUCAUGGAACAAUAUUUUCACGUGUCUCUUGGACUGUUCGCUUUGGCAGGAGCGACUGACUUGCUGGACGGCUACAUUGCACGAAACUGGGCGAAUCAGAAGUCGGCUCUGGGUAGCGCUCUGGAUCCGCUUGCUGAUAAGAUCCUCGUUAGUGUGCUGUAUGUCAGUUUAACCUAUGCACAGAUCAUCCCAGUACCACUCACGACACUGGUGAUUGCCAGGGAUGUUGCAUUAAUUGCUGCAGUUUUCUACGUCCGUUACAAAACUGUCCCUCCUCCAGUAACUCUCAGCAAGUUUUUCAACCCAUGCUACACUACUGCUCAACUUAAACCAACUCUUAUAAGCAAGUUCAACACUGCAAUCCAGCUGUUUCUGGUGGCUGUUUCUCUCGCAGCUCCCAUCUUCCACUACACUGACAGUGUAUUUUUGCAGUCCCUAUGGUACGUCACCGCUUUGACGACUGUAGCAUCUGGUUACAGUUACUACCAUUACGGAAGAAAAACCGUUGAAGUACUGAACAACAGGAAGUAGCGCUCUGAUGUCAUUGCUGUAACUUGAUAACACGUCAAGGUGAUUGAGGCCUCGAAUCGUUUUACUGACUGCCUGUGGAUGUGCUUCAGAUUGAUGCCGAGGUCCAGUUUUGCUUCAGAGACAAAUUUAUUACUGUACAGAAAACUUUUGAUUCCAAUUAUUUUGUUAUCUCAGUGAACCACAGCUGUCUAUUAUACCCAGUAAGAUCACUGUCUAUACUUCUGUGGAAAGUUAUUUUUUAUCAUCACCACCACAGUUUUUCUGAUUAAAAACUGACUUUAAAACCA